CAUGCGCAUCGCUCAGCUAACCCUUUGGCUACGUGUACCCGGUGUGUGGAAGUGUUCAGGUAUCGCAUCUCUGCUGGGUAACAAGCUGCCAUUAACAUCUAAAACGCCUUAAAAGAGCGGAAUCAUGGGAGGUGCGCAGAGUAUGGAGAUACCGGGAGGAGGCUCUGAGGGCUACCACGUCCUCCGGGUUCAAGAGAACUCGCCAGGACACCGCGCAGGACUGGAGCCUUUCUUUGACUUUAUUGUCUCCAUCAACAACACCAGACUGAACAAGGACAAUGACACAUUGAAGGACUUGCUGAAAGCCAGUGUGGAGAAACCGGUUAAGAUGCUAGUUUACUCCUCGAAGACCCUGGAGCUGAGGGAGUCUACGGUCACCCCUAGCAACCUGUGGGGGGGCCAGGGCUUGCUUGGCGUCUCCAUUCGUUUCUGCAGCUUUGAGGGAGCCAAUGAGAAUGUUUGGCACGUGCUGGAAGUGGAGCCUAAUUCCCCAGCAGCCCUCGCUGGCUUGCGGCCGCACACUGACUACAUCAUUGGAGCCGACACUGUUAUGAAUGAGUCAGAGGACCUGUUCUCUCUGAUAGAGAGCCAUGAGGGGAAAGGCCUGAAGCUCUAUGUGUACAACACAGACACCGAUAACUGCAGGGAAGUGAUCAUCACACCCAACAGUGCCUGGGGAGGAGAGGGCAGCCUUGGAUGUGGGAUUGGCUAUGGAUACCUCCACAGGAUUCCCACUAGGCCUUUUGAGGAGGGGAAGAAGAUCAGCUUCCCUGGACACUCUCCCAGUGAGCCCGUCAGUCCGCUGAAGGAUGGCUUCACUGAGGUCCAGCUUUCAGCAGUGUCCCCCACUGCACCUGCUGUCCCCACUGGCCUGGAAGAAACACUGUCAGGCUUGUCGAUCAGCACAGCUCCGCCCUCCAUGCCCAGGGAGCUGCAGACAGGUUUGCCCACAGUUCCUCUGCUCUCCUCCUCCACCAGCCUCAGCCCCGCCCUCAGCCCACUCACUCCACUGAAUCCUGCCACCACAGGCUUCAACCCCGCCACCACGCUACCAGGUCUGAUGUCCCUCCCAGGUGGCUUACCUCCGCUCCCCAACUUGCCUAACCUCAACCUGCCACUCCCAGACCUCAGUGCCGUGUCACUAGCAGGCACCUUACCAGUAGGAACUACAGUGCCCCCUCUGGCCGCUCUCCCACACCUCAACCUCCCAGGUCUGGCCCCCUUACCCCCACUACCCACUCUGCCCAUGCUUCCGUCCCAGCUGCCUCCUCUCCUCCCUCAGGGAAUGGUCCCCCUGCUGCCCACCUCCACCCCCGCUCCCACAGCCUCGGUCACGGUCACAGCAGCGCCUGAGGCCGAGCCCGCCGCCAACCCCACAGUCGCCACGGAAGCGGCCUCCAGUAACGCCACGGAAUCCCCGGCCCCCACGGAAACAACACUAACGUCAUAACAUGGGAAAGAAGAUCCCGCUUGCCAUUAAACCAAAACACACAUCUGGUUUCUCUUCCACCCCCCCCCCUUCCGUCUGUCUUUCUUUCUGUGUUUUUCUAUUUAUUUGGCCAAGAGGGACUGGCAGACCGCUGCACCGGUUCAGACACCGAGGUCGGCAUGCUCCAGGUAUGGGUGAGGGAGCUUGUGAGGAGCGAUGGAGAAUGAAUAGAUAUGAAGAAUGGAGGAUAUUUGGAGGUCUUUAUUACCAGAUUGUCAUAGAGCUUGUCAAAGCCACUGUAUGAGGAGGACGAGGUGUACUGUUCGGUUUGUAAUUUGCUUCGCUCUUCUGCUGUUACAACAAGGCAAAGAACUAGCUUAGGACUUUUCCCUUUCUGAUCUGGCGAGCCUCUCUGUUUUACACUUGUGUUUUUAUACACACACACACACACACACACACACACACACACACACACACACACACACACACACAGUGUAUGUUAAUGGGGCUGAAUGAUAAAUCAAAUUUAGUGAAUUCCUUAUGUUAUAAAUGACUACGAAUAGAACAACUAAUGACACCUAACUGGAAGCUGAGCUCACAGUCCAGUCCAGAGGUCAUUAAACUGGUCGUACUGGAAUAAACCAGGACAAAGAUAUCAGAAGUGGGCCUACAGGAGAAAAACAUCCUUCACUGCUGCUUAAAACAUAGGUUAAAGAUAAAGGUAAAUAUGAAUUUAUGUUAUAGAUUGGUCUCAUCGUUCAGCCCGUAUAUGUAACCCUUUAUCAUGAGUUAAUGUAACCCCUGACCAAUAGAUUAAUUUGAUUGACAUGUAUACAUUUUUGUUGAAAUUGCUGUAGGAGUGUCUCCACCCAAUGAAUGAAUCUGCAUUGUUUUGCACCACCCUUGUGUUUUGAAAUGAUUACUCUGUCCCUUUUUGUACGUCUCCAUUUAUAUCCAGAACAGUAUCCGUCUCUACUACACAGGGAUGGUAAGAGCCUGAAGGCCAUGCCAGAGAGGUUUGCAGUUACAAGAAAUACGGAGAAGGGUGUAUGUGCUUGCUGCUGGGUGAUCAGUAGGUAGGGUGAAACAUGGGUGCAGGGAUAUUAAUUACACAGCGCGUCUCCUGGCAUGGCCAAAGCAAAUUGGUAGGCAGUGAUGCAGUACAACCACAAGGUGUCACUGUAACUGACACUGUAAACAGAACUUGAUGAAAACAUCGACACUGUGCACAGUGUGAGCAAUAAAGCCAAAUUAAUUUUA